AUGAAUGAUAUAGUUUCUAAACUUAAAAAGGCUCUGUACGGUUUAAAAGACUCAGCCAAGAACAGGGAUGUUAAAUUACACACAGUCAUAACUCGCUUAGGGUUUGUGACAAAUGAUUUUUUAGUUUUGCGUAUAGCGCCAACUUCCCAGAGUCAAAUUGAUAAUUUAAAGCUUUUAUUAAGUGAUAACUUUAAAAUGAAGGUUUUAGGCCUGAUUAGGAACUAUGUGGGAAUGAAUAUUGUCCAAAGUGUAAGGGAGCGUAUUAUUAUUAUUUGUCAAAUUCUUGUUUCAACUCCCAUGGAGGAAAAUUUUGAUCAGAGUGUGUUAAAAAGAGAAAAAUCUGAAAAUGAAGACAAUGAAAAAGAUAUGGAAAAUGAACAGGGUCUCUAUGUUUUGGGUUGUCGUGUUUCAUGGGGACCCAAGAAGCAACCUACAGUGCCUCUGUCAUCAACAGAAUCAGAAUUUGUUCCAUAA